AUGGUCAAAGCCUCCUCCAGUACCUGCUACUCACCCAUCCCACCGUUCAAACUGCCUCACUUCACCAACGAUACCAACCUUCUGCUAUGCGCGGCCAUUGUGAGUGGAAUGUUGGGCCCCGUCACUGGGGCGACGCCUCGGAUUUCCUCAGAGACUGCGAGCGCUCUUGAAGAGGAAGGCCUACUAAUGUCGAGCUCCCGCAAUUCAAAUAAGUUUCAUUGGAAGCGCUGGCUUCGGCCAAUAAUUUUGACCCUCUACUUCCUGACCCUGGUCCUGGCCGUCCCCGUGGUCAUCUGGCAGCUGCAGCGCCACAACUGGAGCAUCCACACCAAGGCCUGGUUUAUCGCGGGGAUCGGCGUGCUGUUCACCUUGCCCGUGUCCCUCUGGGGCAUCCUGCAGCACGUCGUGCACCUGUCGAGGCCUGACCUGCAGAAGCCCAUCAUCAGGAUCCUCUGGAUGGUGCCCAUCUUCAGCCUGGCCAGUUGGGGCUGUCUGCUCUGGCCCGACCACGCCACCUACCUGGAGACCCUCCGCGAGUUCUACGAGGCCUUUGUCAUCUACAGCUUCAUGGGCCUCUUGGCCAACUUCGUCCAGGCCCAAUACCCGAGUCUGGAAGCCAUCCUGGAGGCCAAAGGGAAGCAAAGGUUUCCCUUCCCCUUCUGCUGGUGUCCCCCGCACCAGGCGGGACAGAGAGUGCUCUGCCGAUGCAAGCUGGCGGUGCUGCAGCACAUCACCAUCAGGCUCUUCAGCUCCGUCAUCGCUGCCAUCUGCGAGUUCCUCCACGUCUACAAGCAUGGAACCAUCAGCGUGUCCAGUGCUUGGCUGUACUUGGCCAUCCUCAACGGAAUGUCAGAGACCUUCGCCGUCUAUUCCCUCGUGGUGCUCCACCAGACCCUCAAGGAGGAGCUGAAGCCCAUCCAGCCCGUGGGGAAGUUUGUGUGCAUGAAGCUGGUGCUAUUUCUGACCAACUGGCAAGGAGUGAUCAUCGCAGGGCUCUUGAAGUCGCACGUGAUAUCCGACACCUCCACCUGGGACUGGCAAACGGCCAAGGCAGUGGGCGCUGGGCUGCAGAACUUUGCCCUCUGUAUGGAGAUGUUCGUGGCUGCCAUCGUUUUCCAGUACAGCUACUCUUACACACCCUACAUGAAAGAACAACGAAGAGGCACGUUUUGGUCCUUCUUCUGGGAGAUCUGGGAUGUGUCAGAUAUUACAGAAGACGUAGUCGCACAGGCCAUGGGGUUCACGGAGUGCUUAUGUGGCAGCACGAAAGGUAUGAGGACAGAAAAGGAGGCGUGUGUCAUUGAAUUGCCGGCUUCCUCACCAGACACACUUCCCACCGCGGGUGCCUCCCCAGCCUCCUCUGGGAACCAGCCAGGCAUUGGACACGCACUGCCAUCGCUUUAUUGA